UGGGUCACACAGUAUACAGUAGUUACAACAAUUGGGAACGUUAGCAGUGCGGCUCGCAUCAGAGAAUCCACCUUAGACUACUCCCAUCACAAAGAAAAUCUUCACACAGUCAGGGCACACACGGAGCACUAGAGUCCAAUGGAUGGAGUGAUAAGCUAGCACUGGAAGACAGACAGACAUAAUUGCUGGCAUCGUAUGCAAACAACACAAACAAUGAGCGAUGGGCGAGACAUCUAGAAGGUAAUUGAAAUUGAGAAGACUGAAAUCGGAUUUUUGUGGCAUGCAAGUCUCGGGCCCAUAAGCAGAGGCCCUCACAUAUCCUCCCCGCGCAGCCUCCUACAACUAGAGUCAACUCUCGAGAGUCCCGUCCCGGCCCCAACAUGGAGAUACCCAUUUCGAAUAUACUGCUGCUCUGUCUGAUAUUUUUGCUGAUUGGCGGGGUCAUCAUGAUACUGCUGCAGUAUCUGAUAUUCAUAAAAUUCUCCAACCUGCCUGACGAGAGCGAAGAGCAGAAGCGGAUGAAUGCCAAAUACACCCUGCCAGUGAACAUCAAACAGACAGCAAGGAACCUCAAGGCCCCACCCAAUCCCGUGAACAGCUGCGAGAACCACCAGGAGAGUCUUCAGGGUGCCUCGGCUUUGAUUUCCCUCAACUUUGUGAUGCAGUUCCUGUUCCACGAGUUCAAGAACUCGAACCGAGUGCGUAAAUGGUUUUACCGGAAGCUCUCCAUCGAACUGGAUGAACUGAUUACCAAGACAACAACCGGCAAGCUCCUUGACAAGCUGACGAUCAAAGAACUGGAGUUGGGGGAUCAGUUUCCGGACAUCAAGUCGCUCUCCGUGCACAAUGUGGAGUUGGACGAGCGGGAGCAGCGCAUCGAGAAUCUGGACCUGCUGCUGGACAUCAACUACGUGGGCAACUUCUCCACAUCCAUCGAUGCGGACAUGGUGCUGGGCAAGAAGGGCUCCAUUACGCUGAAGGUGAAGCAUUUGUCAGGCAUGGCGCGUCUGCAAUUCACGCGAAAGCCAUAUACCCACUGGUCCCUGAGCUUCCUGGGCGAUCCGGAGCUGAUCCUGGACAUAGAAUCAAAGUACCAGGGCCGUCAGAUGCAGUCGAACAUCACGAACCUCAUCUCUAAUCAGAUACGCAAGGCGGUGAGGCGGAAACAUACCCUGCCCAACUAUAAGUUGCGCUACAAGCCCUUCUUCCACUGGACAGCAGAGGAGGAGACCGUCGACUGUGACAUCCAGCCCAACGGUCUGCUCACGGUGAAGGUGGCAGAGCUAUCUCGACUAAUGCCCUGGACAUCGCCGGGUAAUGGCGACACCUACUGCACCAUUACCCUGGCGCCGGUGCCCUUUAUCGAGGCGCAUCAGAAGGACAACCGGCAUGUGCUCAUCUCCCUGGAUGUGUUCAUUCACAAGGCGAAGAACCAGCAGAUCGGCAUCGUCUUCAAGCAGAGCAACAGCCAGCUGGUGAGGAUCGAAUCCGUGCUGCCGAACACACCGGCCUGCAAGUCCAAUCUGAUGGCCGGUGAUGCACUGGUGGCCAUCGAGGGCAAGCAGGUGACCACCAUCCAGCAGAUCGCCAAGGUCGUGAAGACCCUGCAGGCCACCGUCUUCUGUCUGCGCAUCGAGCGUGUUAUUCCCGGCAUCAUACGUAACGAUGCCAUCCUGGAGGAUCUGGAGAAAUACGAUGAGCUGUGCGACAUGACCUCCGCCACCACCAAGACCGAACCCGAGCCGGAGGCCACUACCGCAGAGACGGUGGCCAAGCAUCUGGCGGUAAAGCCCAGUCUUAGUCGCUAUGCGGCAGAGUCUGGCCUCACGGGCCAGACCCCCACCAAUUCCCCAAAGAAGUCCAAUCUGAUUGCCAAGGCCAUCAAGAAGACCAUGAGCCGGGAGAGCAGUGACAAGGAUAAGGAUAAAGAUAAGGAAAAGGAGAGAGAGAGGGAAAAAGAUAAAGAUAAGGAUAAGGACAAGAAUAAAACUGAUGACUCUUCCACGGACAGGGGCACCGAUGAACCGGUAAACUACUUCUAUCAGCACUCGACGAUCGACUGCGCUUUCAGUCCCCUGAUACACAUGGAUGAUGUGUGCAGCUUCCAGCUGGAUGCCAACAGUCGCUUCCUCAAUGUCUGCGUCUUUGGCAAGUGUGCCGGCGAGAGUGUCCUGCUGGGCUACAACAAUGUCCAGAUUGGCCAGAUACUUGUCGAGUGCUCGGAGACCAGUCUGAAUCAAUGCCUCCGACAGAUAGCCCUGAAUCCGGCCUCUCUGCAGGCAGGGAAGAUGCACGACCUGGCCAAUCAGUCUGGCUUCAAUCCGAACCUCUGCUUUGGCGAUAUUCUGUUUGGCUUCGCCUGGAUGGGAAAUCCGAACGUUACCGUCGGCGACCCACCCACCACCAAGAGCGGCUCCAAGUCCCAUUCCCCAGCUAGAACUCAAUUCGAACGUGGACAGGACGAGCCCCCAUCCGAAACAGUUUCACUGAAGUCAUCGAGCACUCUGGCGGACAGUGCCAUUUCCAGUAGUGGCUCCAACAGUGCGGCCCCAAGAGCCCACAGCUUUGUGCGGACGCACUUCCAUCGGGCCACGCAGUGCGACUUCUGUGGCAAGAAGAUCUGGCUGAAGGAUGCCAUGCAGUGCCAGGAGUGUUCCAUGUGCUGCCACAAGAAGUGCAUAGCCAAGUGCCACAAUGCCACCGUCUGUGGGCCCGUAGACUGUUCGGGUUCCCUGCCGCAGCCAUCCACCUCCGCAGGCACUCCAUCGGGGGUGACGAAGCCAGAGUUCACCAUCACGCAGGCGGAGAACUUGGAGCUGUAUGAGCCCAAGACAGGCUCCGUGCAAGUGGAGGAGGCAGCCACGACGACGGGCGAACAAGCACAGGUGCAAGUGCAGGCUGGACUGGACGUGCACAGGUCUAGUCUGACGGGGAUGCUGGCGCAGGGGAUCAAGCGUCAGGCGAGCAAUCUGGACAUACCCGGCAUUGUCUCUUCGCUGACUGGCAGCGGCCAGCAGAUGAACUCCAAGAGCCUACCGCCUAGUCCUCAGCACACUCCCUCGCGCAAAUCGUCAAUUGUGGAGGAGGUGGCGGCUCCCCUUGUGCAUCAGAAUCCCUUCGAGCGGGUAACCCAACACCUGGAGGCACUGCCAGCGGAGUGCACAGUCCUCAGCUUCGAGCAGGUCAUCAUCAUCACCGAGCCAAUCAUUAGACACAACCGCAACGAGGAUCUGAUGAACCUGGCCAAGAGCUCCAGCAAGCAUCUGUACGCCAGUGCUCCACCUGACGAGCGGGUGGCCAAAAUCAAUGAGCUGCUGACAAAGCUGAAGAUCGCCUUAGAUGCGGAGACAGAGGGCUAUACAAUGAUGAACGAUGCCGAAAAGGCCACAGAAUCAUCGCCCUAUAAAUCAUCGACGAUCAGUGUGGAGAACAGAUCAGAUGAGCGGGUGCAGGCCCUCAGUAUUAUCAUGCUCUAUCUGUGCACGGGACUCCAGCAUGCCCAGGGUGUGGUCCUGCAGUAAUAUAUACCAGAUGACAGAUGCCCCAUUAAUCAUGAUUCAUAAUACCUACCCUACCUAAACAUCUACCUAAACACCUACCUAUACACCUACCUAUACGCAUACAUAUUCGUGUGUACUCGUAGUCGAUUCGCAAUUAUUUUUAAGAUCGUAGACUGGAAAUGUCAAUGUUAGUGAAACCUAAAGGCAUUUUUAAUCCGUGUUGUGGCAUACUCUUACCUAAAAGUAUUUAAUUUUUAGCCGUUUGUUCCAAUCAAAUUU